CUCCCUUCCUCGUCCCGGGCGGAUCCUCUCCUCUACAAUUCUUUGAAAAGAAAAAAAGGUCAAGAGGUCAAGAAAAACUGCAAGUCCAGAAAGUAUCUUGGACGUUCCUGCCUGACUCUCCAAGGCAUUAUCGAUUUGACUCGGCCACCUGUUCUACCCCACGUCCUUAGUGUGGAGUUCUUGGCAGCCAAUCAGUGCCAAGACAGCCAUCCGACCCUGCUGAGCUUCGAGCUUGCUCCUGGCCAGACCGAACAUCGCUGCCUGUCAGUCAACACAGGGCAACAAGCCAACAAGCAAAAAUGUCCUCCACUCAAGACAACGCAAGCGAACAGUCGCAGAGCCCCAAUGCGGGUUCUGCCUCUGAUGGCAACACCCCAGCUUCCACCACUGCUGCAUCCACAUCGUCGGCAUCCAACGCCUCCACUGCGAACGCAGACGAGAGCCUGGUCUGCAGGUGGAACGCGUGCAACCAGAGGUUCAACACUGCUGAGACUCUCUAUGACCACAUCUGUGAGAGGCACGUUGGCAGGAAGAGCACCAACAACCUCAAUUUGACAUGCCAGUGGAACUCUUGCCGUACCACAACGGUCAAGCGCGACCACAUCACCUCUCACAUUCGUGUCCACGUUCCCCUGAAGCCACACAAGUGCGACUUCUGCGGAAAGUCUUUCAAGCGCCCCCAGGAUCUCAAGAAGCACGUCAAGACCCAUGCCGACGACAGCGUCCUGAUCAGGUCACCCCAGGACCAGCAUGGCGGCAUGAAUGCAUCCUACGGUCGUCCGGGAAAAGCUCCGUCCAGCUUCUAUGAUCACAACGGCCAUCAGAUGCGUACUAACUCCGCCGCGUUUGGUCAGCCACCCCCGCAUAGCUACUAUGCUGCCCACGGCCCUCCCCAGGCCUAUGGCCCUCUUGGAUACUAUGGACAGCCCAUCCCCAACCACCGCGCAGAGCCUCUGGGCUACAGCGCUGCGUACGACCGCAGGCGCGGCUACGACGAUCUGAAUGAUUUCUUUGGACACGCCAAGCGGAGGAGCCUUGACCCUGCAAACUACGCCCAGGUCGGAAGAUCGCUGAUGCCUCUCCACGGAGCCCUGUCUGUCCACACCGGUGGCCUUGGAACCCAGUACAUGACCGCCGCUCCCGCCCUUCCAGCCAUUGGUGGCGGCCACUCUGCACACAGCGCCAUGGACCAGCACUACUACCUGCCACCCAUGCCCAACCUGCGCACCAAGGGUGACCUCGAGCAGAUCGACCAGAUCCUGGAGCAGAUGCAGAGCACCGUGUACGAGAACAGCGGUUCUCCCCCCAGCAGCCACUACCCGUCAUCCUUCGACCUGCGACACCAGUCUCCUGUUGCCAGGCCCCAACCCCCGAGCGAGCACUACGCCGUCUCUGCCGCGCAGCAGAUGCCCUCGCCCCUGAGCGCCGUCUCCUCCACCACCGGAAACACGCCGGCCCACACGCCCCCAUCGAGCUCGCUCUCGUACACAUCUGGCCACUCGCCAGUUUCUUCCUCUGGCAUGUCUCCUAGUGCGCGUCACGGCUCGUCUGCUUCUGUUGCAUACCCCUCAUUACCCGCCACCACCUCCUUCGGUUCAUCUACCAUCAGCACACUCGGUUCCACCUUUGGCGGCAACGACCAGCGCAGGCUGUCCGGUGGUAUGCUCCAGCGCGCCAGCGGUGCCCGCCGCGCCUCAGACGACUCCGACCGGGCCCCCACACCCAAGGCUGAGGCUGCGUCCCCCGCCUCCACCUCGGACGACGGUGACAUCAACGGCGAGCCUGAGCCAUACGAGAGCUGGCUCCAGAACGUCCGUGUCAUUGAGUUCCUCCGCGAGGCUAUCCGCGACCGCCUCAAGAGCGGUCAGUACUCCGACAGCGAGGGUGAGGACGAGAUGAUCGACCCCUCCCUGCAGGAGGCUGACAAGGGUGCUGCUGAGAAGCCCCUGUACCCCACUCUCCCUAUGGACGUUGACGAGUAAACGGGGGGCUAUUCAUUUGUUUCCUUAAUAUUACUCCAUCGGUUUGGGCUUGGCUGGGGGCUGCAUCUUUGUCUUGUGCUAGCUACGAUUCUAAUUUUCUUGUCAUGACCGCUGUCUCGCGUGUUCAGUCAGUCAGUCCGUACAUAGUGUAUACGAUUACGAAAAGUCGACCUUG